AAUUCUUGAUAAAAGAAUAUCAACCCUUGACUCAAAGAGUUGAACUAAUUCCAGCAAUUUGAAUUCAAUAUUUUGUAAGGGUGAUGUCUUUCGAGAGCAGUUUAGAAAGUCAAAUAGAGAAGUUACGCCGCUGCGAGCUGAUUAGCGAGAAAGAGGUGGAGGAGCUUUGUGCGAAAGCAAAAGAAAUCUUAUUAAGCGAAGGAAAUAUCCGUGAGGUCCAUACACCAAUUACCGUCUGCGGAGAUAUUCAUGGCCAGUUUUAUGAUCUGCGCGAAUUGUUCUUUAUUGGAGGCGACAUUCCUGAUACGAAUUACCUGUUUAUGGGUGAUUACGUUGAUCGAGGCUAUUAUAGUAUCGAGACGUUUUUGUUGCUUCUGGCUCUAAAAGUGCGUUAUCCAGACCGUGUGACUCUUCUUCGUGGCAAUCAUGAAAGUCGUCAGAUAACCCAAGUGUACAGUUUUUACGACGAGUGUAUGCGGAAGUAUGGUACUGUGAAUGUAUGGAAGCAGUGUGUGGACGUAUUCGAUUGUCUGAACCUUGGCGCGUUGAUCGAUGAUCGCAUUUUCUGUGUGCAUGGCGGUCUUUCUCCCUCGAUCACGACUCUGGACGCGGCCCGCUCGAUCAACCGCGUGCAGGAAGUGCCCCUGGAGGGAGGGAUCUGCGAUCUGCUGUGGUCGGACCCGGAAGAAGAUGUGUCUGGAUGGCGCGUGAGCUCGCGCGGAUGCGGAUACAUCUUCGGAAGCGACGUGGUGAGCAAGUUCAACGCGGAAAACAACCUGAAUCUGCUGUGCCGAUCGCAUCAGCUGGUGAUGGAGGGAUUCAAGUGGAUGUUCAACAACCAGCUCGUGGCGGUGUGGUCCGCGCCCAACUAUUGCUAUCGCUGCGGAAACAUUGCGUCCAUCAUGGAGGUCGACGAGUAUCUGCAGAGCACUUUCAAAACGUUCGACGCUGCGCCGCAGAGCGAGCGGAAGGAGCCUUCAAAGAACUUGCCGCCAGAUUACUUCUUAUAAGGAUGGAGAGGCUCGCUGGGUGUACUUGUGUUUGUAU